AAGAUUCCUCCAUAGUUAAUAUUUCUCCAUGUCUUUCCCCUUUCUUGAACUUUGCAUAUAAAUUGAUAGCAACAGUGUGUUGAGUACAUAGAGUUCAAUAUAUUCAAUUCUUGAACUUUGCAUAUAAAUAGAGAGCAAGAAAGUUUGAGUGUAUAGAGAUGGGUCCUAUAUUGACAUUUGGUGCCAUUAUUGGUGCUCUUUUGGUCCUAAGAGCUCUACUCAAGAAUGUGAAUUGGUUGCUCUAUGAAGCAAAACUUGGUAGAAAACAAUACACUUUGCCACCAGGUGACAUGGGCUGGCCCUUAAUUGGAAAUAUGUGGUCUUUCCUUAGAGCAUUCAAGUCCAAUGAUCCAGAUUCUUUCAUGGCCUCUUUUGUUAAAAGGUUUGGAAAAACAGGUAUAUACAAGGUAUUCAUGUUUGGAAAUCCAAGUGUAAUUGUGACAACACCAGAAGCAUGCAAAAGAGUUCUAACAGAUGAUGAAAAAUUCGAACCUGGUUGGCCACAAUCAACGGUUGAAUUAAUCGGAGAAAAAUCAUUCAUCAAAAUGUCAUUUGAAGAACAUAGACGACUUAGGCGUUUAACAUCGUCUUCAAUCAAUGGCUACGAAACACUUUCAGUUUACUUGAAAUAUAUCGAAGAAAAUGUGAUUACUUCAUUGGAGAAAUGGACUCAUAUGGGUGAAAUUGAGUUCUUAACUCAAAUGAGAAAACUUACUUUUAAAAUUAUUGUGCAUAUUUUCCUUGGUUCAGAAAGUGAUUCUGUAAUGGAAGCUUUGGAAAGAGAAUAUACAGUGCUUAAUCUUGGUGUUAGAGCCAUGAGAAUUAAUUUUCCUGGAUUUGCUUUCUAUGAUGCAUUGAAGGCUAGGAAAAACCUAGUGGCUAUAUUUCAAUCAAUUGUGGACAAGAGAAGAAAUGAAAGGAAGGAAAAAUUAUUACCUAUCCAAAAAGCCAAAGAUAUGAUGGAUUCUUUGGUAGAUGUUGUAGAUGAAAAUGGAAGAAAAUUGGGUGAUGAUGAAAUUAUUGAUAUUAUGUUGAUGUACUUAAAUGCUGGUCAUGAAUCUUCAGGGCAUAUCACCAUGUGGGCUACUUAUUUCCUACAAGGGCAUCAAGAAUUUUUCAGAAAGGCUAAGGAAGAACAAGAGGAAAUCCUAAGAAGAAGGCCUCCAACACAAAAAGGGUUGAAGCUUGAGGAAGUUAGACAAAUGGAGUAUCUUUCUAAGGUGAUUGAUGAAACAAUGAGAUUGAUCACAUUUUCUCUAAUGGUCUUUAGAGAGGCAAAAUCUGAUGUCAAUAUUAAUGGUUACCUCAUUCCAAAAGGUUGGAAAGCUCUAGUUUGGUUCAGAUCAGUUCACCUUGAUAAUGAAAUUUAUCCUAAUCCAAAAGAGUUCAAUCCUGAUAGAUGGAAUGAGGUGCACAAAGCAGGAGAAUUCCUUCCAUUUGGAGGAGGAACUAGAUUGUGCCCCGGAAAUGAUCUUGCUAAACUGGAAAUCUCUGUUUUUCUUCACCAUUUUCUCCUCAAUUAUGAGAUGGAACAACUUAACCCAAAAUCUCCUGUGCGAUUCUUACCACAUACAAGACCAAUGGACAAUUGCUUGGCAAGGAUCAAGAAAUGUUCAGCUAUGUGAUCCUAAGAAACAAAAGACACAUUGAAUAAUUUACAUCAAUUAAUAAUAAUAUCAUCACAAAGACAAAAAUAAAAUAAAAAUUGUAAAAGUUUCAUGUAUCAACACUUCUAUUGUAUCUUUCUUUUUGUAUAUGGUUGAUGCUUUAGCAUACCUUAGUUUUAUUAAAAAAAAAAUGAAUCUGAUAAC